CGCCCUGUUCCACCAACCUGAUUUGGUACUCCGGGGAAGGUAGUUUGCUAGUUUCUUCUGAACACUCCAUGAACAACAGGACAAUAGUUUCUUCUGAACACUCCAUGAACAACAGGACAAUGGGUGUUGGACCAAGUGAGAAGUGCAUAUCGCAUUUCAACUGGAAGCUUCACUCAACAGCAGCAUAAAGUCAGCAGACUAACGGAGUCCAACGCCAGGCACGCACAACGCAGUAAACAAAUGAAAGGAUUUAAGGAACUUUAACUUCCAAACAAUAGCACCCAAAUAAAUCAUCAACAGAAUAAUGGAGCGGAAAUCGCUUUAUAACACUUUAGAUUUGGAUUUGGAGUGUGAUGGAGCUGUCAAGGAAAAGGGAGGAAUGUUCAGCAGUGUGUUUAAAAGAUCCUCAAAAUCUACAGAACCCUCAUCAACGUCUCUUCAGGAUAACUCAUCAGUUCACAGCAAUGACAGUCUUUCUGACAACAACAAAGAGAAAGGAGGCAUGCUUAAAGGACUAUUUAAGAAGACUUCAGAGCCAUCUCGAGAUGAGACACAUAGGCCUACUCAGCCAACACUUACAGUGGAGGGUGAUGCAAUGUCAGUAGACAGUGAUCUCUCAGGUAGCAGUGACGGUCUUUCUGGAAACAACACAAAUGAAAAGCGAGGGGUGUUCAGUGGAAUGUUUAAAAAGUCCCCUAAGCCUUUGGGUAGAAGAUUUCACUCACAAGACGAUGUGGACAGCCUGCCUGCUCAAGGUGAUGUCUUAGGCAGCAGUGACAGUCUCACAGAGAACACCUCAAAGGGUGGAGUUAAGCCCAAAAUCCGUUGGAAUCCUUUCAGCUCAUCACCCAACGAACAGGAGAAAAAUCAACUGACCAGCGAAAAGCAAUCAAGGACUAAACAGGAUUACUUGUCUGUACAAAAUGAUCUCUCAGCCAGCAGUGUCAGUCUUUCCGAAACAACCUCAAAGGAUAAAUUGCCAAUAGGCAGUGAUCUCUCUACCAGCAGUGGCAGUCUCUCAGAGACAACCUCUAAGGGUGGAGUGAUGGGGAAGAUUUUUUGGAAUCCAUUCAGUUCUACCACUCGGGAUGAGGACAGAGCAGCUCUCACAACAGACUCCAGUCAGAGGCCCACUUCCACCGAGAAGCUUUCUAAAACCAAGCAGGAGAGGGACUCAGACUCCGAUGCUGAAGAGAAGAUGGAUGACUGUGAACAACAGUCAAGUUCUAAACAGACCAAGCUGGUUGGAGCGAUGACAAAGCUGAAUCUGUUUCGCUCUGCUGCUCCCAAACAAGACAAUGAAACCAGAACAGACAGUGAAGAACCACCUGCCAGCUCUGAGAAACCAUCAAGCCAUAAACAGAAUGUUGUGGUCGGAGCCAUGUCCAAACUGAAUCCAUUCCGCUCUGCACCUAAAGUCGAAAGCAGAAAUCUGAUCCAGCAAGGGCAGAAGGAGAGGAGCGCAGAGCCUGAGAUUCCCCCCCGACCCACGGAGGAGGAGCUGAAGGGUACUGUCACCUGGGACAAACUGAUGAGGAGAGAGGCAGAGGACAGUCAGGCUAGCAGGAAUAUGAUCCCCAGAGAGAGAGCAGGGAUCAUGAUUGCGAGUCCUGAAGUUCCUACUAGACCCACUGAAGAGGAGCUUAACAGAUCUGUCAAAGGUGGUCGGCAAAAGCAUAAGAAGGCCAAUCAGGACCAAUCUGAUGAUGAAGUCCUUAAAGAGGGACAAUCUGUUUCCACCAGAGAACAGAAUGAGGAAGAGAAGGAUGGAGAAGAAGAGGAGGUUAACCCGUCUGAGGGCAAAAAGGUGAAACAGAAAAAACCCAAGAGGCACAAUCCAUUCAUGCCACGAGGCGCAGCUAAGGCUAAAACCAUGCAGAAGAACACUGAGGGACAGCAGGGAGCGAAAGGCAGAAACUCUGCAGAGAAUGUUGAUGGCACAAAAUCCUUAUUUGACAAACUGGAGGAGUUCCGUGUAGACCGAAGUGAAAAUGAGUCAGAUCAAGAUGUGGAACACCUUAUGGAGUGGUGGAACACAGUGGAGCAAUGGGAGGACAUGGCUCCAGAAGAGGACUUGACUGAAAAAGAAGAGGCCAAGGCGUUUGCAUUGACUGCAGAAAAGGUGCAGAAAGGCAUCCGGGUCUUCAACAAACUUUUCUCAGAGCGGGCUGAGAGCCUGUGGCAGCACGUCAUUGACCUGAAUACCAUCGCUGACGGCCUGGACCGCUUCAACAAGAACACCAAGAUCGCCCAGAUCACUGGCGGCUCCACCAGCGCCAUUGGGGGGGUGGCCACCAUUGCAGGCCUCGCGCUGGCUCCUGUCACCUUCGGAACCUCCUUGAUUGUCACGGCUGUGGGUCUCGGUAUUGCUACGGCAGGUGGGCUCACUUCCGCCGGCGCAGGCAUUUCCAACCAAGUCAAUAACUCCUUGGACCGCAAGAAAGUGGAGCACAUCGUAGAAGACUACCAGGAAAAGAUGGCCGACAUCAACAAGUGCAUGAAGUUCAUCAAGCAGGGGAUUGAGAACCUGCGCAAGUUUGACGUGCUCAAGAUUAAAAACCAUGGCUAUAACAAAGACUUCCCGGGCCUCAACAACAUCUAUGAGGACGGGGCCAUGGCAGGCAAGGCCAUCCUCAUCAAUGCUAAUGAGAUUAUGCGGGUGGUGCAGAUUGCCAAUGUGGCAGGUAGUACGGCCGCCAGAGCUGUCCAGAUUGCCAGCAUGGCCACAGGGGUGCUGACUGGUCUGUUUGUGGGCAUGGACAUCUAUUUUGUGGCGAAGGACUCCAAAGAGCUGAAGAAGGGAGCCAAGUCUGAAUUUGCAGCUAAGAUCAGGGAGGUAGCUCUCCAGCUUCAUGAAGGAUUGGUGGAACUCAAUGGCAUUCGUGAAGAGCUUCAGUCAGCCAACACGCCCGACAAUGCUAACGAAGGCGCUGACUCCCUUGCUACUGAGAAAGCUAAAACUUUUGACGACAAUAAUGACAAUGAUGAUGAGUUAUGUAAGAAAAAAAAUGAAAUGGCCGAUGAAGGAAAUCCCUUAUAUAACAGCAAAACCUAAAUGUGUCCGGUCUCUUUUAGUGAGAACAAUGUACUGUCCAAUCCCUGUUCAUAACAUGAAGGCUGUCUUUCACUACACUCACUCUCUAAAAACUCAGAAUAACCAUCUGAAACUGCUACUCUUAUAAAAUCACUCUUUGAAGAGCGUAUCUUAAGAUUUUUACAUUUAGAUAAUUACAUUUUUAGACUCUGACAUUGGUUAGUUGGUUUGUUUGACAACUAGGGUUUCUUAGGUUGGAUUUUAGUUCAUAUUGAAACUUUCAGACUUAAAGCAUUAACAAGACUUAAGAGUAGAACUUUUACUAUUUAUUCAGAAUGUUUAUGAUUCUUCUGUUACAGAACUGGUAUAGUAGAGGGUAGAAGGUGUGCUCAGGAGAGCAAAUUAUUUUUAAUGGUUUUACUGUUUAUGGGUAUGUGUUUGAGUAAAAUGAACAUUUUGGUUUUAUUUUAAAAACAAAGACUAAAUCUACCAGAGACAGUGUCUCACACCCACUGGCAUAUUUAGUGGAAGAUCUGUGAUGAUCUGGGGGGCUUCAGCAAGGCUGGAGUCGGGGCAUAUUUGUCUUUGUGAAGGAUGCAUGAAUCAAACUACUGAAAAGGUUAUACUGGAAGAACUUGCUUCCUUCUGGAUGUUGAUGACAUUUUGCAGUGGUGUGUUUUUCCUUGAGGUUGGUACCAGUGAUCACAUUGAAGGGGGCUGGGGGGCUAAGUGAAGAGAUUCCUAUAACAGAGGGGUGGUACUUAUCCUGGGUGUUACUAAUGCUGGUAUCUGCUCUCAGCUUGAUGCUGAGGAUAUUUGUGUUGUAAACUGAUUUUAUGUUUUGACUAUUUAUAUAAUAAAAAUCUAAGUGGUAUUUCAAACAUUA